UUUCGGAACGGCCAUCGAAUAAAAUAUUCCUUGGAAUAUACGUUUUGGAAUGCAACUCAAAAUGAGGAAUAUUUUACUCGAUGGCCGUUUCGAAACUUUCUUAAGCGUUUCUGAUUGGUUCCAAGCCGGCCAUCUAGUAAAAUUUUUCUCGCAGAGGAAAUUUUUCACCGUUUUGGAAUCUAGCCCUAAUUCCUAGUAGAUUUUAGAUUAGAAAUCGAAGAAAGUGGAUUUUUUUAGAGCAACAUCAGCAGCAAAGAUGAAUCAACCUAAUCUCGAGAAAUUGGUAAAUAAAUUGAGAUACAAUGUCAAGCCUCGUCGAAAAUUGCGUCAGCCCCAAGGUCCAGAGGGACGUCUUUUAAAACUAAGAAAAACUUUGACGGCAUUAAUUAAAUACGAACGACUAGAGUUAAAUUAUCCGAGAGGCGACGAAACCAGAGGUUAUGCAGAUCAAUUAAUAUUCGAAGCGAUACGCCAUGGACCUAUGCAUAAGGAGACAAUGGAAAUGGCAAAUUUUUGGAUAACAGAGAAACAAUUGGUGCAUAAACUAUUCAAAGUUCUUGUGCCAAGGUAUCAAAAUUAUACUACAUCGUUUACAAAACUUCAUAAGGCUCCAAAUGUUUAUCCUAUAGGCCACUAUGAAAGAGCAAUUUUAGAACUCAGAGGUAAUAUGUAUCCAGACAUAGAGCAAUAUAACCCACAUGAACGAAAUUUACUUCACAAUUUACUGCUUGAUGCAGCAAAGAAAGAAUACAGAAUGGAAAAAUAUAAAGAAAUUGCAGAUAAUAUAAAGCAAUAGAAGUAGGAGACAAAGAGUCUUUAAAGAAUCUUCUUGUACAGUAGGUUAAUGGUUUAAAACUUUAUCAUUAAAAUAAAUGUAUAAAAUAA